UGCCAAGGGCGACACCCGUGACGUCAAUGGGCGGCACCGGCGCGACCACGUGCUCUGUAUAAAACCAGCAGCUGGCUGGAGGCGGCGAGUCAGAGCUCAGCGCGGAACAUAAAUCAACCGUCGGACUUGGAGGAAAUAUAUACAUUUUUAUAUAUAUAUAUAUUUAUUUUUUUUUACCGUUUUUUUCCCCAACAUGGCUGUGACUGAAGCUGGAUGCGAGCUGACUUACUGCAAAAUGAGGGGCAUUGUUACUGUUCUCACCGCUUUCAUCAAAGAGAGAAAAAUGGGCUUGAAUGACUUCAUCCAGAAGCUGGUGUCCACCCCUCAUAUCUGUCAACAUGUUGAAGUCAACAACUUCCUGAAGAUUGAUGAGAAUCAGAACCAAGACGUUGAAGACGGCCAACUUCCUGAUAGGAUGUUCCUAACUUCGCAAAUGUCCCUAGCUGAGGACACUCAGAUCAAACCGUGUGACUUCGACUACCUCAAGAUCAUAGGCAAAGGCAGCUUCGGAAAGGUUCUGCUCGCACGACACAAGGAGUCCACCACAUAUUACGCCGUCAAAGUGCUACAGAAGAAAAUUAUCCUCAAGAAGAAAGAGCAAAACCAUAUCAUGGCUGAACGCAGUGUGCUGAUGAAAAACAUCAAACAUCCUUUCCUGGUGGGGCUGCACUACUCCUUCCAGACUACUGACAAACUUUACUUUGUACUCGACUACGUUAACGGCGGAGAGCUCUUCUACCAUCUUCAAAGAGAAAGGAUCUUCUUAGAGCCCCGAGCCAGAUUCUACUCUGCUGAAAUUGCAAGUGCACUUGGCUACCUCCACUCCCUGCAUAUUGUCUACAGGGACCUGAAGCCUGAGAACAUCCUGUUAGACUCCCAAGGCCACAUAGUCCUGACUGACUUCGGUCUCUGCAAAGAGGGACUGGAAGAUAACGGCACAACGACAACGUUCUGCGGGACGCCCGAGUAUUUGGCUCCUGAGGUGCUCCAGAAGCAAGCCUACGACCGCACAGUUGACUGGUGGUGCCUGGGAUCGGUGCUCUACGAGAUGCUCUACGGACUUCCUCCGUUCUACAGUCGCAACACAGCUGAGAUGUACAACAACAUCCUGCAUAAGGCUCCCGUGCACAAACCCAACGUGUCCAAUGCGGGCAGGGAGAUGCUGGAGGGGCUCCUGCAGAAGGACCGCACCAAGAGGCUGGGGGUGAAGGAGGACUUUCUCGAACUGAAGUACCAUUCCUUUUUCUCGCCAAUUAACUGGGAUGACCUGAUGGCCAAGAAGAUCACGCCGCCCUUCAUCCCCUCAGUGAGCGGUCCCACGGACCUACGCCACUUCGACACGGAGUUCACCCACCUGCCCGUGUCGUCCUCCCUGUGCACCGACACCCUGACGGUGACCGGCAGCGUCAAAGAAGCGGCGGGGGCGUUCCCGGGCUUUUCCUACGGGCCUCCGGAAGACCAUUCCUUCAUGUGAAUUACCGAGAACUCCACCCCGGAAAACUACCCCUGGACGGAGGAGUCUUAUUUCCACACGCUGGUUUGGGCGGGUCCACUCGACCCCUCGCCUUGCAUAACGGAUGCACUGGAGGGUCACCCACGGGUAACCGGGCCUCGCCGGCUACGACGUGACACGGAGAGAAGUGCCUGAGCAAGUCGGACGGCACCUGCGAGAGUUCAUAAUGCAUGUCAAAGCUCUUUCGCUCGUAUGGAAACAAGAACGGUGACUCAUAAUUGAUAUCGUUGCUUUGGACCAAAUUGAAAAUGUAAAAACGUCACAAAUAUCAUUUCAUCAACACAUCGCUGUUUACCUUUAUGCAGCAUAUAAUUAAAGCCUCCGACUGUAUAUAAACUAUAUUUACUCCUUUUCUAAUCUCAUUUAUUCUAGACAGCAGUAAUAACACUGAAUAUCCAUCACAAUUACAAUGACUUAUAGUCAACACUCCAACCAACUAAAUAUGUUACAUGUAUUUACGGAUUAUGUAGAGGAGAAUUGUGACUGUUUUGUGCCUGUCCAAUGAGGCCUGACCCAUCUAUUACUGUAUGUACAGUACAUAUCUGCUUUCCAUCACCUGUUGUUCCCUCCUGUAGAGAAUCCCUAUUUAUAUAAGUGCUUCAUUAAGGGAGGGAUUUGGCAACAUAGGGUUCUUUAAAGGAAUUAUCGGUCAAACCUGAUAUGCAUAUUGAAAAAAGGAUGAUUGUGUGUACAUAUAUUGGAAAUAGAGGCAUGUACAGUAAAAGGUGCAUUUUCAAGCCUGCUAGGGGGGGGAAAAGAAAGCGCCGCCCAGUUCUACAUCAUUUUCUUCCAUAUUUGGAAGCGUUACUUUUUAUUUCUCUUUUGUAUUUCUAUAUGUAUUUAUUUUUUUUCCUGUCGUUGCUACUGUUCAAAGAAAAUGAUUUACACGAUCUAUUGUAUGAAUUAAAUGUAAAUUAAAGAAUUCCAAAUAAAAUCUGUCAACUAGA